AGCCGCCGCCCCUCCCCGCCGCCGCGGCCGCCCCCCGACGGGACAGCCGCCCGCGCCCGCCGCCUCUGGCGGCGGGCCGCGAACCGCGCGCGCGCGAUGGCGGGCCCGGGGACCGAUCCCCGCGUCGCCGGCGGGGUCGAAGUCGAAGUCCGCCGCGGGGUCGAAGUCGAGCCUCCCGAUUGUGCUCAGGGCGACCACCAUGAGCAGCUGGUCCAAGACCCAGAGGGACCGGCCGCAGGAGGUGCGGCACCCGCUGACCGUGGCCGGCGGCGCGCCGCCGAACGCCUGCUACGCGGAGCUGCCGCGGGCCAGGGACCAGCCGCAGGAGGUGCGGCACCCGCUGACCGUGGCCGGCGGCGCGUCGCCGAACGCCUGCUACGCGGAGCUGCCGCAGGCCGUCGUGCCGCUGGUGGUGGCGACCGGCUCCGAGGACUUGGAGUCAGACGAGGACGACAGGUCCGAGAGCGACGUGUCAUAUGACGGCGGAAGGUCCAUCGACGGGAGCCCCCGGCCCAGACAGAAGGCCCACGUCGCCAGCACUCGGCCGGGGGCCCUCGCGCAGGAGCCGGGGGAGGUUCGGAUGUCCGCAGGCGAGUGGCGGGACAAGAGCCGUUUCCUGCCCACGCUGAUCGGCGGAGCGGACCUUGCGCCGCCGUCAAGAGGCACUUCCGCGUGGCGGUACAGGCGGGCAACUGCGAGCAGGCUCGGCUCUUGCUGCAGUCCGGGCUGCCGCCGGACUCGACGUGGUGGUCAAUGAAGACCGCCGUCGCACUGGCCUGCACAUCGCCGCGGAGCGCGGGGACGCGAGCAUUUGCCAGCUGCUGCUGAGCUACUCUGCGGACGACCCGCACCUGCAGGACAUCUCGAAGUGGUCCCCGCUGGAGAUCGCGCGGGAGUGCG